AUGGAGAAGGUCGCGGAGCCAAAGAUACCGCAGGAGUUCAUCCUCGACGCCUUCGCUGACCCCACCUCGGUCCGAGAUGUCGUUCGAGGCAUCCUCCACACAAUCUUCUUCCACAGAUACUUCCCCACAAUCACACCGCAGACACACGAGGUGCUCGACCUCACGCUCCCCUAUGUCGCCGAGCCCGAGCUCGAGACCCUGAUAGCCCAGCGAACGGCCACCCUCCUGCGUGAGCUCGAUGCCGACAAGACCCAGCAGCGGUCAUCCUCCCCGUCCCUGCAGCAGCAGGCCCGCGCCGUCGUUGGCGGCUUCCUCGGCUCGCCCAGCAGCGUCCCCUGGGGCGGGGGAGGCGGCGGCGGAGGAGGUGGUGGUGGGAACAGCGCCAACGGCGGCGGUCGCGGCCAGGUGUCGGUCCAGUUCAUGGAGAAGACGCGCCGGCGUAAGAUGUGGUACAAGGGCGACGAGGAGGUCUGCUGGGAGAGCUGGACCAUCAGGGUCACGGUCGCGGAGCCCAGGACGGAGAACGAGCGAGCAAAGGUCCGCAAGGCCAUGGAAACGACCCUCCUCACCACCGUCAUGAAGAUCAUCACCUCCGUCAACAGCUUCAAGGACCACAUCCCGCCCAUCACCACCACCGAGACCAACCCCUUCCCCUACACCAUCACCGUCAACCAGAAGGACGCCGUCGGCGGCGCUGCUGCUGCCGCCACCACCGGUGGCGGGUGGGGCGGUCGUUUCGGCGGCCUGUAUUGA